AUGAUUAAGCACUUGUUAGAUCAAAAUAAUUAUAUGUUUCUGGAUAAAACUCUACUUUCUCAAGAACUUUCAAUGAGCUAUGAGAAAAUGUGUCUAAUAUCACAUCUAAGACUAUGUUCAAGCAAGAACAUUGCUUAUGGUUCUUCUAUCCAUUUAUAA